AUGGAGACCAAACCGAGUAUCCCUCUCCAUACACUCUAUAAGAUGGGACCCUUCAAUCUUUCUCGCAGGAUUGUUCUGGCGCCAUUGACGAGACAAAGAUCGUAUGGUAACAUUACUCAGCCUCACGCCGAGUUAUAUUACACUCAGAGAACAACACCUGGUGGUCUUCUUAUUUCCGAAGCAUGUGUUGUGUCCGAGACAUCAAAGGGGUAUAUAGAACUCUCCGGAUAUACCUGGAAUAUGGACCAGAGAGCAAGUGGAGGCAUGGAAGCCCAUCGUGGAUGCGGUUCAUUCGAAAGGCGACCAGCCAAAUGGGGAAGUUCCUGUUUCCUAUACAGACAAGCCAUUGAUGUGCAAGAACAUCUAUGGAGGUCAGGUCAGUUUACACCUCCAAGGCGGUUAAGGACCGAUGAGAUCCCCGCCAUUGUCAACGACUUUAGCGUUGCUGCAAGAAAUGCAAUUGAAGCUGGUAAUUAA